UGCUGAUUGUGGGGGCGGGAGGGGCAAGGUCGGCCCCCUGUAGGUGCAGCACUCCAACUGACUCGCUCUCCCUCCCCCGCCAGCCUGCGCCCUCCGCCUUUCCCAGCACAGCCGCCGCGGCAGCAGCACCACGACCAACCGCCCCUACCUGGCCCCUCCCCUUGAGCGCGCGCGGGGCCGCGCCUCGUGCCGGACAAUAGCGGCGCUGCCGCAGCCGAGUUGUGUCUCACCCAAACCAGCCCGCCGCCGCAGUUAGCAGUUGCCUUGGCCCGCUCCCCUCGUGCGAAUGAGCGGCGGCACGCGGCCGCUGCGGAGCUGAGUCUGGGGACUCGAGCCGCGGCUUACUGCCGCUCUCCUUCCUCUCUUGCUACUCGUUUCCCCGUCAGCCAUCCUUUGGACCGCGUCGGCGGGGCAAAAACCACACAGAACCCGGAGCUGGUUGGCGGGGAGUGUGUGUGUGUAGGGCGGGCGGGCGGGCGUUGAGGAGAGCCUUCUCAGCGCCGUGGGGCGGGGGGCGGGCUGUGUGUCUGUGACCCGGUCCUGACUCAUUCCUCGCGUGGGGUCGGGGAGGGGGGCAGGUGGGCCGGGCCUCGCCUCGCUCCGGGAGCCUGACCUGGCCUGGCUUUUGUGGGCGCCCCAGAAGGUGAGGCGGCGGCAGCGGCAGCGCUGACCCCGCUUCAAUGGAAGUAUGCUAUCAGCUGCCGGUGCUGCCCCUGGACAGGCCGGUGCCUCAGCAUGUCCUCAGCCGCAGAGGGGCCAUCAGCUUCAGCUCCAGUUCCGCGCUGUUUGGCUGCCCCAACCCCAGGCAGCUCUCCCAGAGACGUGGAGCAAUUUCCUAUGACAGUUCUGAUCAAACUGCAUUGUACAUUCGCAUGCUAGGAGAUGUACGAGUAAGAAGUCGGGCAGGAUUUGAAACAGAGAGAAGAGGUUCUCAUCCAUACAUUGAUUUCCGUAUUUUUCACUCAAACUCUGAAAUUGAAGUUUCUGUAUCUGCAAGAAAUAUCCGAAGGUUACUGAGUUUCCAGAGGUACUUGAGAUCUUCCCGUUUCUUUCGUGGUAGCACUCUUCCAAAUUCUUCAAACAUUUUAGAUGAUGAUUAUAAUGGACAAGCUAAGUGUAUGCUAGAGAAAGUUGGAAACUGGAAUUUUGAUAUCUUCCUUUUUGACAGACUAACAAAUGGGAAUAGUUUGGUCACCUUAACCUUCCACCUGUUCAAUCUUCAUGGACUUAUAGAGCACUUCCAAUUAGAUACAAUGAAGCUUCGCAGAUUUUUAGUAAUGGUUCAAGAAGAUUACCACAGUCAAAACCCAUAUCACAAUGCAGUUCAUGCUGCUGAUGUGACUCAGGCCAUGCACUGUUAUUUAAAAGAACCGAAGCUUUCCCAAUCUCUAACUCCAUGGGAUAUUCUGCUCAGCUUAAUUGCAGCUGCCACUCAUGAUCUGGAUCAUCCAGGUGUUAAUCAGCCUUUCCUGAUUAAAACAAACCAUUAUUUAGCAACUUUAUACAAGAAUACCUCAGUAUUAGAAAACCAUCACUGGAGAUCAGCAGUGGGGCUGUUGAGAGAGUCUGGAUUGUUUGCACAUAUGUCGCUAGAAAGCAGGCAGCUGAUGGAAAGUCAGAUAGGAGCACUGAUUCUUGCCACAGAUAUCAGUCGACAAAAUGAAUAUCUAUCCUUAUUUCGUACUCAUUUGGACAAGGGAGAUUUAUGUUUAGAAGUGGAGAACCAUCGUCAUCUCAUUCUUCAGAUGGCUUUGAAAUGUGCUGAUAUUUGCAACCCCUGCCGGACUUGGGAACUGAGCAAGCAGUGGAGUGAAAAAGUAACAGAAGAAUUCUUUAAUCAAGGAGACGUUGAAAAAAAAUACCAUUUGGGUGUAAGUCCGUUAUGUGAUCGACAGACAGAAACCAUUGCCAACAUACAGAUUGGCUUUAUGACCUAUUUGGUGGAACCAUUAUUUGCAGAGUGGGCCCGAUUUUCAAACACCAGGCUAUCUCAAACUAUGCUUGGUCAUUUGGGACUGAAUAAAGCUAGCUGGAAAGGCAUGCAGAGAGAACAGUCCAGCAGCGGUGAUGACACUGAUCCUGUAUUUGAGGAAAUGGAUUCUGAAGCAAUACCUCAGGAACACAGACUGUCCUGACCCCAGGAUCUGCUGAACGAACUUCCUCUUGUCUGGUAUCUGCAGAAUGGGAUUCGAGGAUAAAUUUUGUCUGACUGCCAAGGUUUCAGUGUAAACAAUGCCAGCAUUAUUUAUUUCCACGUUUUUCGUUUUGAUAAGUUUGAACUCAGUUUUCAGUGACAAAACCUGAACACAGAGCAAUAUGCGUAUGCCUCGGCUUUUGCAUGGAACCCUGAAUAUGCAAACCAGAGGAGUGAUUGAACCUCGAUGGGGGAAGCGUACAAGAUGCAUUUUUACGUGCCACAUAGUUCUGUUUUUAUUUUGUUUUUAGAGGAAAUUUGAAACACGGCCUUCAGAGUUGCCACACGACAGGAAUGAUUCAGUUCUCUUGGAAUUUUGCAAGACUCCAUCCUUGUCUAAAAUGUGGAAAUAUGAAGUGCCCAUACUCGGUUGCCUCUGGCAAGAACUGAUGUUUACAAAUGUACUUGGAAACUAUAGGUUCUCAACUAACCUUUGUGCAUGGCUGUGAAGGAACCACUAACGUCUUUGGCGAGGGGACGUUCAAACCUGAAACUGCAGCUCAUUUUCCUCUCAGUAAGAGAAGAGUCUCUCACAUGUCAUAAUCUUGGCUAUGCAUUGGGAACUGAACAUUUAACAUAAAGCACAGCCAAGCUUUACUCCGUUGUAGAAUGAGAAUGCAAUUAUAGCAGGCAGGAAAUACUUCUGAGUUUCGGGAGGGGAGGUGGGAUGGAAAGGAGGAGACUUAAUUGUGUUAAGAUUCUGCAGUGAAAACAUUGCAUGUUGUUUUCACUAUUGUACACUUGAACUGCACAUGCAAGAAAAAAAAGGUGGAAUGAUUAUGAACACCAGAAACAGCUCAGGGUAUUUGCCAAUCUGAAAUAAAGUGGGAUGGGAAGCAUGUUCUUCAGAACAAGGGUACAAAUGCCCCUUUCGCUGCAGUGUGUGUGUGAGUGUGUGUGAGUGAGAGAGAGAACUUGGGGGUGGGGAGGGGAUGGGAAGGAUUUGAAAGACGUGUUUUUUUUAAUUUAUUCUUUUUAGAAUGUGACAUUUUCAUGAGCAGCCGCAUGGGGGGAAACUAACAGGUUGCUACAGCUGCCUUAAACUAUGCACAAAGCUAAGUGACCAAAUUUUGUUGUCGAUUGAAAAGUGCAUUGUUUACUUAUUCCUCCCUCUACUGAAAUGUUACCCAUUGUGGGAUUUUGAUGUGAAAAGGAGAAAUGUUUUUACGGACAAAUUUUAAGGACUAAUUUUUAAACUUCAAGCAUUCCUUUUUUUGUAAUUUGUUUUUUACAUUGUUUUAAGUACUGUAAGCACAACUGUAAUCUAUUUUCAGAAACUGGUGCUUUCCUUUUGUUCAUUUGUAUUUCCCUUGUUCUUACUGUAAAGACUGUUUAUUCCAUUCUGUUUACAGUUUGCAACAGCCAUUUUUGGGAGAGAGCUUCAGUGUAAAGCCAUUUGUUAAAGGCUUUGCCAUACUCAUUUUAAUGUGCCUGUUGCUGUUAACCUUUGAUUAAUAAUAAUAAUAAUAAAAAAAUUUCACUUUG